ACUGGCAAAUGAAACCCCAUCAGUAACACUGUAGACAGGACCUGAAAUAUUCAAUCCAGCAACUGUUUGGUGUGCACAUACCACAGAGGGCGUUGCUUUCUGCCAGCUGGAUGCAGCUGCUGGCUGAACUGGCCAAGACAGAGCCUGCAGCUGCAUGCCUUCCCAGAUGCACAUCCACACUGAGAAUGGAAGUCCUCCUUCUCUGUGUACCCCAUUCCACCACAACGAGGAAAGAUAACUAUUCUGGCACCUGAAAUGCUUCUGUUCCUCCAGCCUGGGCACUGCAGUCACAGCUCUGCAAGGAGUCACAUCUGCAACAGAAGGACUUUCCCCAAAGCAGAGGGAAAACAGGGUGAUUCAGGAAGAGAGGAAAAAAGGAGUCGUUUUCUAACUCUUGAUGCAACUGAACAUGGUGUGUGCCCGACAUGAGGGGGCACUCAGCAAUUAAAAUGAUUUUGCAGAGGGAAAGGAGAGAGGGAAAACCUUCCUCUCAACGCUGCAAGGCCCUGAGGAGAUGAGAAAAUCAGACAAAACUGCAAAACAGAGAACAGCUUUUCAGGGGACCCUAAAGGGAAUGGGGAGACAUAUGAUAGAUGCAAUGGGACAGGACUUAACUGGAUGCAAUUUAAAAACAAAUCAUCCCAGCUCUUGCUUGGGCUGUUGCCCUUUGUCACUGGGCAUCCUGGGCACCCCAGACCUCCCAGCUGCUGGCUUUCCACCACGCAUCCUCCCUUGAAGCCAAGCACGCCUUUCCCAGCAGCAAGCAGCAGGCUGGAAUGAACACCAAAAACAAAACCUUUCCCUGCUCUUCUUUCACACGUUGUCUUUUAGUUUCAGAAAAUAGGGCCAGACCUCAGUGAAAUGAAAGCUCUGGGAAAAAACAGCUGCUUUAUUCUCCUCCUCUGCUUUCCUGGUCUACACCCCACAGGAAGGUCGUUUGCCAAGCAUGGGAUGCAAUUAUCAGGUGUAUGAGGGGCAGAGCUCAUUUUCAAAGGCUUGUUUCUUUCACAUUACUUCCCUGACGUCUGAUACCAUCAUAUAAUCAUAGAAUCAUAUAAAAGACCUGGGCUGAAAAGGACCACAGUGAUCAUCUAGUAUCAACCCCCCUGCUAGGUGUACGGUCACCAACCAGGCUACCACUAGUCCAGGCUGCCCAGAGCCACAUCCAGCCUGGCCUUGAAUGCUUCUGGAGACUGGGCAUCCACAACCUCCUUGGGCAGCCUGUUCCAGUGCUUCACCAACUCUGUGUGAAAUAACUGCUCCUAAUAUCUAGCUUAAUCCUCCCCUGUCUCAGUUUAAAACCGCUCCCCCAUGUCCUAUCUCUAUCCGCCCUUGUAAACAGCCCUUUAUCCAAGAAAAAGAACAGCCUAGGGAUUUUGUUUGAUUGAUUGUUUUAUUGUGGGUGUUUAAUUGGUUGUUUUUGUUUUGUUUUGUAGGAGCUCAUCCACAUCCUGCACACACUCCACUUGAACAUCAAGGGGAGCAGGGGGUAGUCUUGCAGAUGGAGUAAUGCAGGAAUUCCCACAGGAUCUUGAGGUGUAUCCAGUUCAUCAUCUGAAACCUCUGCAACCAAACUGGAAGGGACUAGUCCUCUUGUGCCAUUUGUCAGCUCUCCCUACAACCAGGGAGAGAAACCAGCCAGCACAGGGCACAGCCAGAGCCAGACCAGGGGAGAAACACUCCUGCAGGCUUCUACCACACAGGACCCCGUUCAUCACCCCCAGGUGGCUUUGUUGCAUAAGGGCAAAGCUCACAACUCUCUGGGAACUGCAAGUGGUGGGAGCUGAGCAGCAUCACAGAGGUCUGCAAGUACCUUCUCUGCACGGCGCUGGAACAACUCUCCAUACCCCACUGAGUUCAGCCAUUUUCAGAGAGCCAUCUCUGGCUUCUUUUACACGUGCUCUGUGCCCACACGCUCAGAUUUGGCUGCUGACCAGUGUGCAAGGGCAGGCAGCAAGAGCCUGCAGGCACACAGUGACUCUGGUGAGUGACGCUGGAUGAGCGCGGCACAGAAAUUACCUGGCAUGCCAGUUGUUGGCCCUGCCUGCGUUCCACUGUCCGAGACUGGCAGUGUGGGACACUGUGGGACUAGCUGCCUUUCUGCAGUGCAUCCUGCUCAGUUUCUUGGUCAGUUCCUUUAGAAAGAAAGCAGGACAGCAGGAAUGGAUGUGAUGUGCUCUCAUCGGGAACUGAGCUACUCCAAUCCUGAGCUCAUGCAAAGUCUGCUGCUCCCAGCCCCCCACAUCCACUGUCACCCCCUCCGUUGCCCAAGGACAUUUGGGACCUCUCAGGAACUGGAGGAUGCUGACCCUCUCAUGCCUCCUCAGCUCCUCUGCAAGGCCCUCACACCUUGUGUUGUGAGCAUCACCAACCAUCACAGCCAGCUAUCUGAAAUUCAGGCUCCAGCACAAGCACCUUCAGAAUCAGCAUCUCCAGCCCAUGGCUUUCACUGUCUGCCACAUCUCCAAGGCAGUUUCUCCCUCUGGGGAAGUGAGCAGUGCCCCCAUAGACUUUUCUGUCUCAGGAGCGGAUGAGGACGAAGGUGAAACUCUCCUGGGGUUGUUUGUUUACGAUGUGGACGGAGAGAUCGCCCACACCUUCCACGUGCAGGAGGAGCCCCGCAAAGCCUUCGGCCGUGUCAGUUUGGAGGCGCGGAGCAACUGAGGAAACGCAGAACGCACCUGCGUGUGCCGAGCAGAAAUUCACGGCAAUUCGUAAAAGACAGCAGAGAUUUUUAGUAGCAAUAUUGAAAAUAAAAGGUCGGUUACUUUCUGCCCGCGCUGAGGGCGGUUACUGGAGCGGCUCGUUGGGGCCGGGCAAGGGAGGAGCUGCGGGGCUGACUGAGGCGAGAUGCGCGGGGUCGUGUGACGUCAUCACUCCGCGCCGCGAGACGGAAGCGGCCGUGCGGAAGUGGUGCGGCGCAGCACUGUGACGUCAUCACUCCGCGCCGCGAGACUGAGGCGGCCGAGUGGAAGUGGUGCGGGGCCGCGCGCUGCUCCAGCGCCGCAGGGCAGCCCCGGGCUCUGAGCUCCGCUUCACCUUGUACAAGUGGGUGUUCGGGGGGGCACCGGGGCUGGGGCCGCUCUGCGUUGGCCCCGUGGGGCCUCUGUGGUGCUCAGGGCCUGUGCUCGGUGUGGGGAGGUGCGCUGUGUCCCCCACCCUCCCAAUCCAGGGUACAUCGCUGCCUCGUUCCCGUCCACGGUUCGGCCAGUCCCUCUUUCUGACCCUCAGGGUCACACUCUGCCCCCGAUCCUUCCCAACACUGACCUUUAGAGCCUCCCCCAACUCCAGUUCCCCCAUUCCUUUUCGACCCCUACCCCCCCCAGCUCCAGUUCCCCCAUUCCUUUUCGACCCCCCCCCCGCUUCCCCCCCAGUUCUCCAUUUUUACCCCCAGGGUCCCUUCCCCACCCUCACCUCAUCCCUCCCUCCUUAUUCCCCCAUUCUCAUCCUCUCCCCCCCUCCCAAUACCCCCCUCAGUUCCUCUUGCCUCAGAUCAGAUGACCACAACAUAGACACCUCCCUGUGAGGUACCUCACCACUGCUAAUUAGUGAGCCACUAAUGCUCACAUGUGGAGAUUAAGGAUAGGAAGGAGCUGUUCAGAUGCAAAUAUCUGGUGAAAUGUAGGCUGUUACUCCCAGAGUGUAGAAGGACGUUCCUUUGUCUAACAACACCUGCACUGGCAAUAGAUACCCACAUCUGGGACAACUGAAGCUGUCCCUGCUGUGCAUAAUGAGAGCAGCCUAUAAAGGGUUUUACCCGAACAAAUGGAGUCGUGUGCUACAGGAGCAUGACUAAGCUUAUUUCUUCUGCUUCAUCGCCUGUUUUCUAGAUCUUCCUUGACUGUAGUGGCUGUUGUAUCAUGGACAUUCCCGCGUGUCCUCAGCAGUUAUCAGCAAGCUUGUCCCAGCUUUUGUGUCUUCUUGCAGGACUUUAUUGGAUACAGCUAGUGAUAGAUGGAGAUAAAACGAGGGAUUCCUUUGCAAACUGUAUCCUUAGGUGUCCAGACGUGAAAGAGCCUAUGACUCACAUGCAGUACACCAUGGAAAAGAUUCUCUCAUUUUGGUCACUUGAGCUAUUAUAGGAUAACAUCAUUAACUGUUGUGUGGUCUUGAUCAGGCUGCUUACCAACUGCUUGAUCAAGGAGAGCAGGCAGAAGUCUUUUGUCAGCAAUCUGAGGUGUCUGCAGAUCAAUGAGCAGCUGCCCAUGGGAGCUGCAAUUGCCCUGGCAUUCUCUGGCCGAGCAGAACAACAGGCCACCAAGUUCAGCCAACUUCUUCACACAGCUGCUGGGGGGAAACACAGGUGAUGCUCAGCUGGGUCUCACAUGGCCGACAGGGAGCUGGUCAGGGCUGUGAUAGUCAGGGUCAGCUUUGGCUGCUUUCACCUGACAUGGACCUGAUACUUGCAGAGAAGUGUGAAGGCUCCAGCUGAUAGAGUUCCUUACAAGUAAAAGAGUAGACAGGGAUGGUGCAGGGCUACUGUUGUGUUAAUAAGCACAGGAGCAGAGAGGGCUGAUGUACCUCAUGGCUGCUUUGCCUCUAUCUUCACCAGCAAUGCUCCCUGGCUACUGUCACACCAGUCCUUUGUGCCAUAGUAACUGCAUUCCACCCUGAUUUUAUAUCCAUUUUCUUUCAGAGAAAGCCAGCACAACAUUCCCCUAUGAUCAGUACUCUUAAAUAAAGGAAAACAAUCUUUCUCUA